AUGUUGCGGUUGUCUUUGACAGCCUUUAGUCUUUCAUGGACUUUGUUCAUCUGCAACGUGAGCAGAGGUUAUGCACAAGAACGAUUGGGUUAUUUGGUCGCCGCUCCAUCCGUAUUUCGGGCGGGAGUAGAGGAGAGCGUGAGCGUCACCAUCUUCAAUGCAAAAGCAGAAACACGCGUCCAGGUGCAGCUGUCGGUGAAGGGACAGGCAGUCGCCCACAGCCAUGGCUCAGUGCUCGACAAAGGCACCAUCAAACUGAAGGUUCCCUCUGGGCUGAGAGGUCAGGCCCAUCUGAAGGUGUGGGGGAACCGUCACCUCACAGAAGGAGGCUACAUCUUCCAUAACUACACCACCGUCACCCUGGAGAGCAAGGGCACAGCUGUGUUCAUCCAGACUGACAAGCCCGUCUACAAACCCAAACAUAAAGUACUCAUCAACAUCUACACAGUCACCCCCGACCUGAGACCAGUUAAUGACAAGAUUGAGGCCUAUGUUUUGGAUCCAAGAGGAUCCAGGAUGGUCCAGUGGAAGAGCCUAAAAUCUAUCUGCUGUGGGGUUGUAAACAUGAGUUUCCCUCUGUCUGACCAGCCUGUGUUUGGAGAGUGGUUUAUUUUUGUGGAGGUGCAGGGCCACACCUAUAACAAGUCGUUUGAAGUGCAGAAAUACGUGAUGCCCAAAUUUGAGCUGGUUAUUGAUCCACCACGAUACAUCCGUGACCUAAACUCAUGCGAACAGGCCACUGUCAGGGCGAGGUACACCUUUGGAAAACCAGUAACAGGGAAAUUGACAGUGAAUAUGACUGUGAAUGGAGUGGGUUACUACCGUCAUGAGGUGGGGCAUCCUGUGAUUAAAACCAUGGAGAUCAAAGGCUCUGCAAACUUCAGCCUGUGUGUCAAGGACAUGAUGCCUGUGGAUGUUGCUGAUCACUUCAGAGGCACAGUGAGCAUUUGGGCAUCAGUGACAAGCAUAGAUGGAAGUAGGCAAACCACAUUCGACGAUUCAACACCCGUCCAUAAACAGCUCAUCGACAUAAAGUACUCCAAGGACACACGCAAACAGUUCAAGCCUGGUCUGCCUUACAAAGGGAAGAUUGAGGUGACAUACCCUGAUGGCAGCUUAGCUGAUGGGGUGAGGGUGCGCGUUAAGGCAGAGUUGACCCCCAAGGACAAUGUUUAUACCACUGAACUGGUCUCCAAGAACGGCCAGGCCACCUUUGAGAUUCCUUCCAUCCCAACUGCAGCCCAGUAUGUCUGGCUAGAGACCAAAGUCACAUCAAUUGAAGGAAAGACAGUAAGGGACCAGUACCUGCCCAGCUACCUGUCUAUCAGUAGCUGGUACUCUCCCAGUAGGUGUCACAUCCAGAUCCAGAGCCCCAGCACCCCAUUCCAGGUUGGCCAAGAGGCAGAAGUGGCUCUUAAAUCCACCUGUCCCUGUAACUUCACACUGCACUAUGAGGUGGCAUCCAGGGGAAACAUCAUUCUCUCAGGCCAGCAGUCAGCCAAUCUAACAGCCUCACACCGAGGAAAAAGGGCCACAGUCACCUUUGACAAGAAUGUUCAUACCACUAACCUGCCUCCCUCUGCCUCUGGCUCCUCCCCUCAGGCUGAGAUGGACAGCUGUGUGUCUUAUCUACGUUUCCCUGUUAGCCACAGCAUGGCACCCCUCAGCCGUCUGCUUGUCUACUACGUGAGGGAAAACGGCGAGGGCGUCACAGACAGUCUGCAAAUCCCUAUCCAGCCCGACUUUGAAAACCAGGUGUCUGUUUCUUUGUCAACUAAUGAGUCCAUGCCAGGGGACCCCGUGACCCUGCACGUCCGAGGAGAGAGGGGCUCUUGUGUUUGUGUGGCCACUGUGGAUAAGAGUCUUUACCUGUUAAAGCCUGAUUUCCAGCUUAGUCCAGACAAGGUGUUUAAAGAGCUGGCAGACUUUGAUGUGUCAGAUGCGUUUGGUAUUCCUAAAGAUGACGGACACUUCUGGUGGCCAGGGCUGUCAUCAAAGAGACGCAGGCGGUCCUCUGUGUUUCCAUGGCACUGGGACAUCACCAAGGACGCACGCUUUGCUUUCACAGAAACAGGGCUGGUUGUUAUGACAGAUAUGGUGAGUUUAAACCACCGGCAGAGUGGAGGGAUGUACACAGACGAGGCCGUUCCUGCUUUUCAGCCCCACACGUCAACCUUAGUGGCUGCCAUGCACUCUCGCUCUACGACCAGAGCAGAGAAGCGUAGGCGUACAUUUUUCCCAGAGACUUGGGUGUGGCACUGCCUCAAUGUCAGCGCCGAAACCGGGGAAGCUGAGCUGCGACUGGACGUCCCCGAUUCGAUCACCACGUGGGUCGCAGAGGCAGUUGGCCUAUCUGAAGAGAAGGGGCUGGGUUUAGCAAAGAGAGCAGAGCUUCGCACCUUCAAGCCCUUCUUUGUUGAUUUUACGUUACCCUACAGCUUAAUCAGAGGGGAGCAAACCAAAGUUCCCCUUACUGUCUACAACUACCUGCCGACCUGCUCUGAGGUUCAUGUUAAAGUCUCAGUUCCAAAGGGCAUCAAGUUUGUUGGCCAUCCUGGAAAGCACCAUCUUACCAGAAAGAAGUGUGUUGCUCCUGGAGAGGCUACACCCACAUCAAUUGUUUUGUCUUUCACCGAACUGGGUUCUGCAAACAUUACAGCCCGUGCCAUUGCCUACAGUGAACCAGGCUGCUGCUCAGAUGUUCUGCAGCCAGGCAAAAUAGGAAAUGACGUGGAUGAAAAAAGGACCCCAACUGGCCUUGACUAUGUUCGUAGGACAGUCCUGGUGGAGCCAGAAGGCCUUCCCAGAGAAUACACAUACAGUGUCUUCUUCUGUCCCAAUGAGAGGAUCCACAUUUCUACCCCCAACAAGUAUGAGUAUCAAUAUGUGAAAAAGCCUGCCAAGAUGAACCAGUUCCAGGUGGCAGUGAAGACCCACAACGAUGCCCAUUUUGCCCUCUCUGCCAGCCCGCAUGACAGUGCAGAGAUGCUCGAGAUUGUACUUGGGGGUAGGCAGAACACUCGCUCCUGGAUCUCUUUGGGCAAGAUGGGUGAUCCACUGGUUAGUGCCUCCACGCCGGGCAUCCUUUCAUGGGAUGAGUUCCGCAGCUUCUGGAUUAGUUGGAAGGGAGGAGUGGUACAGGUGGGCCAUGGUUUACAUCCAUCCAAUGAGUCAGUGAUACUCCAGUGGGCAGGCCAAAUCCCUGGACAGGUGCGACACAUAGGCUUCUCAACAGGCUGGGGCUCAGUUGGGGAGUUUAAGAUCUGGAGAAAGGAAGACUCUGAUGAGAACCAUAAUGAGGCCUUCACUCUGGGGGUCCCACACAACAUGGUGCCUGGAUCUGAGAGGGCCACUGCUUUUAUGAUAGGGGAUGUGAUGGGGCCAACUCUAAAUAACCUGGACAAGCUAUUGCGGCUGCCAUUUGGGUGUGGAGAACAGAACAUGAUCCACUUUGCUCCCAACGUCUUUGUUCUGAAGUACCUGCAGAAGACCAGGCAGCUCAGCCCUGAGGUCGAGAAUGAGGCAACUGACUACCUGCUGCAAGGCUAUCAGAGACAACUGACCUACAAACGGCAGGAUGGAUCCUACAGUGCCUUUGGCGAAAGGGAUUCCUCUGGCAGUAUGUGGUUGACAGCAUUUGUGCUGAAGUCCUUUGCUCAGUCUCGGGGUUUCAUCUUCAUUGACCCCGAGGAGCUUCGUGCUGCCAAAUCCUGGCUCAUCAAACAUCAGCGAGAUGAUGGCUCCUUCCCUGCCAUGGGGCGCAUCCUGAACAAAGACCUGCAGGGAGGGAUCCAUGGGAAGAUCUCACUCACUGCUUAUGUGGUAGCAGCUCUCUUGGAGACAGGGAUAACAACAGAGGAAGAGAAGGUGGCAGUGGCCAAAGCCAAGGAUUUCCUGGAGAGUAACACCUACUCCGCCGAUGACCCUUACACCACAGCCCUGUCUGCAUACGCCCUGGCUCUACUACGCAGUCCUUACGCCCCGCUUGCCCUGCGCCGCCUCAACCACAUGGCCAUCACACAAGAUGGACUCACCCACUGGAGCCUGACUGGCAGUACUAUGACAGAUGAGGACACUUUCAUGGGCUUCAGUGAUGGCCUCUCUCAGUCAGUGGUGUCAGCAGAGGUGGAGAUGACAGCCUAUGGCCUUCUGACUUACACCCUCCUUGGCGAUGUGGCGUCUGCCCUGCCUGUGGUCAAAUGGCUCUCCCAGCAGAGGAAUGCCCUGGGUGGCUUCUCUUCCACACAGGACACAUGUGUAGCUCUGCAAGCUCUGUCAGAGUACGCCAUCCUGUCCUAUGUUGGAGGGGUCAACCUCACCAUCUCACUGGCCUCCACCAACCUCGACUUCCAGGAGACGUUUGAGCUCAACAGGGACAAUAAGAAACUCCUUCAGAGCGCCAAGAUUCCCAGUAUCCCCACAGGCCUUUUUGUCAGCGCUAAAGGAGAAGGCUGCUGUCUUAUGCAGAUUGAUGUUUCGUACAACGUACCUGACCCAGUAUCCAAGCCAGCCUUUCAGCUCAAGGUGGACCUGAAAGAGCCUUUUCAGGAACGACACCUACAGACCCCCUCCUCCCGUCAUCCUACCUCGCGCUCCCGUAGCCGUGCCGACAACCGCUCUGAGCUCAACCGGAAGCGGCGGGCACCCAUCGACGAUGAUGACCCAGCAGCCCACCAGGACAAAAUGGACUUCCACAUCUCCUUAGAAGUUUGUGCCAGGUGGCUGCAUUCAGGCUCAUCAAACAUGGCAGUCAUAGAAGUUCCCAUGAUUUCUGGUUUCCGAGCAGAUGUGGAAAGUCUAGAGCGGCUGCUGAUGGACAAAAGAGUGGGUUUGAAGAGAUACGAGCUAAAUGGGAGAAAAGUGUUAUUCUACUUUGAUGAGAUCCCCAGCCAGUGUAUGACGUGUGUGGCCUUCCAAGCUGUCAGGGAAUACAUUGUGGGCAAGACAGCGCCUGUUCCGGUCAAGAUCUAUGACUACUAUGAACCAGCCUUCGAGGCCACUCGGUUCUACAACGUGAGCGAGAGCAGUCCACUGGCACGGGAGCUGUGUGAUGGACCCACUUGCAACGAGGUGGAGAGUUCAACCAAUCAGUGGAUAGGUUUUGUGCAGGCGAGCCAGUGCAACAAUGUGUUUGGCUGUCUGGAGGAGGAGCAGUUUGAGCGUUGCACUUGCUACAGGGAUUGCGGUUACGAUGGGGAGCCGGUUUGUGGAUCAGAUGGGCAGCUCUACCAGAACCAGUGUCAGAUGGAGGUGUUUGCCUGUCGAAACGGGACACGCAUCAAGCAAGUUCCAUUGUCCCAGUGUCCAAAAAUGGAGACCACAGUGGAGGACAAGCAACGAAUAGCGAGCCAGGAAACUGAGCAGCCUUCAGUGCCUGUACACACAGGUGAAGAGGAGCAUGGGUCCAUGGCAGAGGUGUCCUACUACUCCUAUGAAUAUGACCCGGACACUGAGCCCUUCCUUGCUGAUGCAGAGGGAGGGGACCAUUUUGACCUUCCCGAAGGCGGGGAGGGUGUAGAGCAUAAGUUACUCCUGCCAGCAGAUACCCAGCCACCCACACUGGACACAAGGAACAGCCCUGAGCGAUGAAACGCCCACAGAGUGAAGCCAUACCCACCUCCAAAUUGUACAUUAUUUGUGAAUAUGCUAGUGAAUGGAAAGAGAAGAGAGACUUGGGACUUUCUCAGCCUGAAAGGAAGAGACGGUGGAGUCAGGAGAAUGAGAGUGUGACUUUGUGUGAUAGUGUAUGUGUAUUAGGUGUUAGAUUGUUUUGAAUGUAAACAAGUCAGUGUGGUUGCUUUCAUAAGUGUGUGUGUGUGUGUGUGUGUGUGUGUGUGUGUGUGUGUGUGUGUGUGUGUGUGUGUGUGUGUGUGUGUGUGUGUGUGUGUGUGUGUGUGUGUGUGUGUGUGGAUGACUGUCCUCCAGACUUCCAUUUUCUUCCUCCAGACUCCUAGUCACCAAUAGGCACCAUAGCGUCUUUGUUAUUCACUGUACUGCCUUUAUAAUCACUAGAAGAAAUAAUCAAGUAUUUAUGUUUGUAAUUACCCCUGACUUUAAGCAAAAUAUUUUGUUAUAUUUUCUAUCUGUGGUAUUUAUUUGUAGCUAGAGGUCAUAUCAUUUUUAUUUUGUUGUCAUUGCCCCCCCAUACAGUCUACUUUUUGCCCUGUUACGUUGUGAUUCUUUCAGUUCAAAGAAAAGAUUUGCACUGUCAGAGGAAUUUUUUUUGUCUUUCAUAGCAAGCUUUAACCCAAUUACUGAAAUGUUUGAUGAAAUUCCUGUACUGGUAUCCUGCUGGAAAAAGACAUAUGCUACCCAUAUGCUUUACAGAAACAUAAGCUGAAAUUUUUUCAUUUUUAAGAUUUUCUUGGCUUUUUGCCUUUAUUAGACAGCACAGUAGAGAUUGACAGGAAACAUAAGGAGAGAGAGAGAGAAGGGAACUGACAUGCAACGAAGGUCCCUGGCGGACUUGAACCAUGAAUUUCACAGUUACUUCAUAUAAGAUAUGCAUCUUAGAUCACUGGUUCACAAGGACGCCCCCAGCUCAAUUCUUUUUUUCACCAAGAUACCAACAUCUACUCUCAAGUCCAUCUUUCACCAUACCUACCUUGAGAUUUGAUUGUACAGUUCAUAAGCUAUUUUGUUUAUGUUAAAUUUUGAUUCUUGAAGCAAUCACCUUUAAAAAAUCAAGAAUGAAGUUUUGGAUUUCUGUAAAUGUACCAAAUUUGAUUAAA